CAUGGUUGGAGUUAUGUCUGCCUCCUGUUCAUCCCUGGUCAGAUGUUGCCAUCGAUCGGUUAUUCUCUUCUCUGUGAGGAGACAGUGGAGCUCCUCCAGCUCGGCCUCCCCCCAUCCCUCUGCUCCUCCUCCUCCUCCUCCUCCUCCUCCUCCUCCUCCUCUCUACAGGCGGUUCCUCCUCUUCCUGGCCCAGCGUUUCCAUGAUGUGGAGAUGCUGUUGUACCUGAAAUCUCAGCUGUCCAGGGACCAGCUCCGGAAGAAGAAUGCCUACUAUGGCUACACAGAGAGGUAUUAUGGGAAAAACAUCGCCUCUGCAUAUUUCAUCUUACGUCUGAAGGGAGGAUUCAGGUUUGUUGGCCAGUCAGAGUGGUACCGUGCAGACUGGAGAGGCAGAUUCAGUUGGGACUUCUUGCAAUAUAAAGAUACACAAAUGGAAGAAGUAGACAUGAGCCACACUGUCAUCACCUACAGUGGACUGCAAAACCUGAAGGUCCAAAAAUCUUUGCGGACACUGAAAUUACAGGGCUGCCCUGAAGUGGACGACUGGUUCCUGGCUGGACUUCACAUCUUUCAGGACUGUCUGGAGGAGCUGGACAUUUCUCACUGUCCAUGCAUCACCACAGGGGGCCUUGCGGCACUCAGGAAUCUCAAGGGACUGAAGCGCCUGGACAUUUCGUCGCUUCCCAAAAUUUCGAGCCCCGGUUUGGUGGUUAUCCUGCUGGAGGAGAUGCUGCCAAAUUGCCUGAUCACGAAUGGAUACAAAUUCAGUCCUGUCGAGAUCGGAGGGGUGGAGGAGGAGGUGGAGAAGGGUGUGGAGAAAGCCAUUCUGAGACGUAGAUGACAGAUGGACCAGAACAUUAAUCAGCGCAGAGGGAGAUGGAGUCAUGCAUAUACCACUGAACGAACUGAACUCUGUAUGCAAAGAUUUAUGAGAUGAACAGAAGAUUUGAUUAGCUUUAUAUCAACACAUAAUGAAUUAGUUGACCACUGUAAACAUCUAAACAUCUGGUUUAACAUAAACCUCAAUUAAAACAAACAUACUUCCUCAUGUUUGAAAUAUAAUUUUUAUAUUUUCCUGUGAGAUCCAGUGACUGCUCAAAUAUUUUGUUUCUCCUGAAUAAAUUUGUAGAAAAAAGUGUACACAUUUUUGUAAAUCUGAGUGCAACAAAGCAACGUGUCAGCCAUUUUUGGUGUGUGAUGUAAAUAUUACUGUAAAUUUACCCAAUAAACUGCUGCAAAGUGUCA